CGAACAUGUGCAACUUUUUCGCUCAUCAAUACACAUACCUCCAUUGUAAGUGACUUGAAAUUUAUCUCUGCACAAUACGACGAAUAUUGAUUGAUAAUUCGUUGAGGAAUCAUAUUUCGAAUAGUGUUCGGAGCAGGCACAAUCUCACCUAUCGAUAGCUUCAUUUUUUUCUCUCCAAACGGAAGAUCCGUGGUGAUAUAUGGCAAAAGAAUGAAGUCUAUGAAAUGCUGUACCUGUUCUUCCGUAUAUCGUACCGUUGAUCCUCAUGAUUUGUCCACCACAGCACCACGACCUAAUUAUAACAGUUUAUAUAUACAGUAACAAUCGAAAGACCUUCUCACUUACCUUUGCAGUAAGCAUGAUGCUGGGCCGAUUUGAUUUUCUAGUCCGAGAUAUUUGGAAAAUAUUGUCUGAUCACGGAAACAGGAAAAUCUGCUACAAUGAUAGCAAGAAUUUGCCGGCGAAUGGACCAAUGUUGAGCGUUGUUGUAAGCAUCGACCAUAGCCCGCAUGGCUAUGUCAAAUUUUCUACAGCACAAGAAAAAGAAAAUUUCAUAUACUGCUCAAACAACAAAACAAUCAUAUAUACUUGUUCUUUGAUAAGUGAUUAUUUUUAUAUUCGUCGUCUACAAUACCCUGCCAAAGUUCUUCAUAAUCAUCGGAUACCAGAAGCUUUGCCAAGUGUAAAAAUAUCUUUUUUGUUCGCGUUCGAUAAUCUCGCUGAUACUUCAAAGAGGCACUUGAAUACGAUAAUGACGAUUGGACUCUACCAUCGAAACCUUGGUCUCGUAGCAUCUGUCGAAAAUCUGCCAAUGCACUUCGCUGUAGGGAUGGUGAGUAUACAUCGAAUGUCCCAUCGUAUUCAUCAUCAUCAUCAUCGAUAGAUGAUUUCGUAGGAGUUGAAGGAGUGCGAACAAUAUCAUCUUGCUCGUUGUAAAGUCGCUGAAACAUAUUAUGUGCUUUUUCCGUGGUUUCAUCAGUUACGAAAUCUCUGGCAAUCAUUGUACGACAUGUAUCACAGACCCCAUUGAUUCUAAACAGACAGCUGACGGCAAAGCCAUAUAGAGACAGGCUGCACUUUAUUAAUGGAACGCAACUGUUCGCGUCUGAAAGAUGCCUUUGAUUUACCGAACAGAGGUUUACAUAAUUCAUACUUGUCAUACCGACGCGCAGUGAUUAGAUGCCGGUAAUGCGAUGCACAAAUAUUCAGAUGAUGUAGAUUGAUAGAAGGAACAGCAAAAUGACCGAUGAGGAGAAUAAAGUGUUUCAAGUCUGAUGAAACACUAAAAUUUGGAUAUCGUUUGUUAGAUUUGACAAGAUCAGUAAAGCAUAUAUAUGAACCAUGACACUGAACCUAUAUUCAAAUAAGAUGUGAGCGUAUAUAUAGAACACACUAAAACUCACAUCAGGAACAUAUGAGCCAAAAAAACAUUGAGUAUUGCUUUCAGCCAUUUGAAAAUGUGUAUAAAGUAAGAGUAAUUUUGAAUCAAGUUAGAAAUUAACUGAAACUGUAGAGUAGGUGUGCUUUUAUGACUAUUGAUACCUAUAUUUAUAAUACAACAAGAGGGAAAAAGAGUCCUUGGGGAUGUAACCUAAUUAUGUCGAAAGUAUAUAGAAUAAUUCAACUUUGUACUCCCUUCUUUUCUGUUUUGUUUCUAUGCGACUAUUUAGUCGCGAACUCGUAGAAAAUUCAAAAACGGUUUUUGUUAAUAUCGAAUGAACAUUCAUGUAUUUUUCAACUGUUCUCUGCUAAUUAGUACUAAACUAAAACAAAAUACUUUCACAUUGUAUUUAUGCACUCAUUACUCUAUCUCAAAUUCUCAACAAACAUUACGUGACAUCAUCAGAAAAAACGAAUGAUCAAGAAUACAAACAUACACAUACUAACACUAAAAUAUGUGUGAAGAAAAAAAGAAAGAAUGGAUAUUUUCAAAAGUGUGUGUUUUUUCUUUUGUUCUUUCUUCACAUUUUAGUAUUAGUACUUGUAGUUUCUAUCGUUUUUUUAUCAUUCAUUCUUCUUAUGAUACCACAUGAUUCUCCUCAAUACCCUGAGAUAGAGUAAUAAAUGCAUAAAUCAAAUCUCAAAAUAUAUCCGUUCUGACUUCAUAUUAUUUUUACAUUAUUUUCACCUGUUCUGUCGACAAAUUUUAUGUUUCCUUCUCAUUUUCUUGUUACUGAUUUUGAUCAUAAAUUUUCUUCUUUUUCAUAGUCUUGACUUUCAUAAUAUUCAGAACUUUUUCCUAAUCAUCCAUCAAUGUUACUGCUAAAUUAACAAUAGAUAUAAAUUAUAUAAUAGACUACGAACAAAGCCUAAGAUGAAGAAAAGUAUUACAAAGAAUGUAAAGUAUAACAAAAACAUUAAAUAUUCCGGAUAAUUUCUCAAAGAACACACGGAGUCUGCCUAUUUUGUAAAAUACACAUGUACAAUGACACAAGAAAAUAAAAAAACUGCGAUAUACUGCAUACAUAUGACACAGAAGUACUGAGUUAGCAUUGCACUACUGUGAUUUAUAUGACGCACAACACCAUCCAAUAAAAUCUGUUACUACGAUUUGUUCAAUUAUAUAUCGAGAAGUGCUCAACAGUGAUCAAUUCAAUUAUCCGUCGAAUUUACCACUGAUCAUCAGUUUUCAUAUUGUCUUUUCGAUUAUAAAACUUCAAACUAUUCAAAUAAAUACGUUCUCGACGUAUUCACGAAAUAAUUCAAUAGUAUAAUGUUAGAUGAGUAAAAUAAAGCUAUAUUCGAACUUUUGUGACGAAAAAUUUUAUAACCUCCGGAUGAAAUUUUUCAAUGGGGAAUAUACCAAAAGAUGCGUCGUGAAUAGGGCUACAACAUAUCAGAAAUUCAGCCUGGGAUCUCUUACUUUGAUAGAACAUUCACCCAUGGCACUGAAGCUUGAUGACUGGAAUUGUAACUUGUUUUUUUUCAAACUUGAUUCCUUUCUCAAAAACAAUUGCAUUCAAAAAAUAAUAGAAAUAGACUAUUUUGUAGAGAAUUUCAUAUUCUAUCGUUUGCGAUGUUUCGCGCCUCAAACCGUCAAAGAUGGAGAAGAAAUUCGCAAAAUACGAUCAGGAUUAAAAAAAAAGAUUUUUAGCAUAUGAUCCGAGAAGUCGAAAAAAAUGGGAUACCUGCAAUCUUCUUAUAGAUAAAUCAAAGUGAGUUGAUAUUUUAGUUUCCUUAGUAAAUUUUUAUGAGCUUUCGAAUGAGAUGAUCAAAGUCAAAAUCUAAAUCUUUUCCGCCGCCACGAUGGUCGGUAUUCUGGCGGACCCUCUCUUAAAGAAGAAAUAAAUUCAUGUGAAAACAGUCUAGUUGUUCAUUUAAUUAUAAUUGAAUUUCAUCAUAAAAAAGGGUCAUCAGGUAUGAUGUUAAUUAAUAUUUAUUUAAAAUAAAAGUAAAAAAAUGUUUAGAUCGAAUAUAGUUAUCCAUUAUUAAAUGAACCAAUUGAUGAAUAUUGGUCAAAUAUAGGAAUUUUAGCAUUACCAGAUGGUGUACAUCAGAGACAACAUGAUUUAAUUUAUUUUCAUCUUCCAUCUAUUGAUCAUCAAGACCACAAUAAAAAAAAACAUUAUUUGCCUGCUUAUGGAAAUGUAAGUGAAGAACUUAAAUUGUUAACUGAAAAAUAUUUUGAAGAAAAAAAUUUUAAUGAAAGAAAAAUGUUUGAAGAAUUUUUUGAUAAAUUAAAUAAAAAUCCUCCUAAAUUCAAUUUAAAAUAUUAUUUUGCUCGUGACCUUGUUUAUCGUUAUCGACAUUUAAUAGAAACUGGUUUAAAUGAAUGUACAUUAAUUGAUGAAAAAAGUGAUAUUGAAAAUGAAAUAAAUUUAAAUGAAAGCGAAGGUAUUGUUUUCUCAAGAAAUGAUAAUAAACAAAUUGAUUUUGAUAAUAUAAAAUUAAAAACAUUAAAAAUAGUUGGUGAAGAUAUUAAAAAUAAAUUAUUAAAACGAGCUACAUCAAUAACAAAUAAAUUAUCAGAUACCCUUAAUCAUUUAACUUCAACAACAUCAACAUCAACAUCAAUAACCAUAAAUAAUAGUGAAAUUUUUCAUUUAAUUGAUCAAUAUGAAUUUAAUCGUUUAUUUCGUCAACAAAAUAAUAUUGAUUUUAUAUUAACUGAUUAUGAUGAUGAUUUUAUAAUUCAAUCACCAUUAUUAAAACAACAACUUCAAUUAACAACAGCUGAUUUAAGAUUUAUUCAAUUAUUUGAAGAUUCACAAUCAAAUGAUGAAGCAAUUAAUGGUUUUAAUCCAUUAUUUGUUAAAUCAUUUCAAUCAACAAAUACAUUUCGUUUAUGGCAAUCAAAAGGGCCUUAUCCAUAUAUUGAUCAAAUUCCUCCACGUGUAAAUGAUGUUAAAUUACGUGUUGCUCAGUAUGUAUUUAAUGAAUUUGGUUUUCUUAAAAAUAAAACAAAAUUGUUUUGCAGUGUUCUUGAUGAUUCUGAAGCUGCAACUAAAGUACUUGGACAAGCAAAGAAUUCUCUAUUUAGUUCAGUUAUUGGAACAAUAAAUCAAGGUAAUCAAUGGUUAUCAAAAGGUCAAUCAUCAUCUUCAACAUCUGAUUAA